CUGAUUGGACAGUCUGAAAUAUAAAAGAAAGGUCGUAACGUCCUUUUGACCAAGGAAAUAAGUCGUUGUUUUGACCAAGUCUGACCCCGAACUGCCGUGUUGCUACGCUCCGCUGAACCUUCCUCCCUCUGACCCGAUUCUGAUUUAAAUUUGCCCCGAGGCCCCAGCAGACACCGCCAUCCUCCAGUCGUCCAUGUUUGUAGAGUCUGAGUCGGAAUGGUAGGAAUACUUGUCGUGCCCGGAGAUUUGUCUGCACUCUAACGUUUCCUCCCCACAGAGAUACCGGCUAUUUACGGACGCAGCCCGUCCCCAAUGCAGGGUCGACAUUCUCCCGGGACGGUACAGUGCCUGGCGCAGGGCAGGAAGAGCCCCACUACAACAAAGGAACGUCGCCUGAGUUGGAACCCUCCCUGUUACCGGAACACCCAGCCCGCCAAACUGCCCAUCCACAGGCUCAGCCUGGGAUGUCUGCCGAACAAGAAGAUGGCCAGCGAGAGGAAGGGCUCGGCAGAGGAGACCCGACUGGACAUAUCGUUAAGGCUGCUGAGAGAUGAACUGGCCCAACUGCGGCGGUCGGGAGACUGCCUGUCGGACCAGAUGCAGGGCAUGUUCCGCACCAUCCAGGACCUGCGCCGCGCCUCGGAGGAAGCAGCUUUGUUCAGGGCCUCUCAGCAGGACCUGACCUUCCUGGCCGAGGAGAACCUGGACUUACUGACGGAGUGUAGAACCAGGAAACCCAUCGCCAUUCCCGAGGAGUUGGACGGUCUGUGCGAGCCCGACGACAUGCUAUCCCCCACGUCUGCCUCUGUGCAGGGCCCCAGAACUUUCACCAACCACUCCGAGGUUGAGCCAUGCCAACCCGCCUCAGACACCGUACAUAACAGGUCGGUUUCGGACUGUUCCAUGGACUCCGCGUUUUCCGACAUGAGUUCGCAAGGCCUGUUACUCUCCCCCACGUCUCCUCCCCCCCUACCCCCACGGACACCCCCUCCCCCUCUCCCCCCGCGCAGGGCCUACUCAGUACCUGCCAUGAGCGCCGAGAAGGUGACGUACAGAAACAAUCCACCAAUCAGAGAGCGGCAAACAAAGGUGAAGCGCAGGAGCAAGUGUGAGUGGAUGUUAGAACUGGAUGUGCAGACGGCGACUUUGGUUUGAUGAUUGCCGUCUUCAGAGGGAAAAGGUGGACGUCUAUUAAUUUGUAAUUCAAUCGGUGUUGGAAGCGUUUCUUUUAAUCAUUUGCCAUGAUCUUAUUGUCACCCUGGAAAGGAACACUUAAAAGACGUUGUAUAUUCUCAUAUUUAAACGUGAUUUAGAAAUGAAACAAUCAGUCAUUCGACAGCACUCUCCAGGGACCUCCCAGAGCUGGGGCUAUGCUUGGCCGCCAGUAGAAAGCCUUGCCACAAGGAAUGGCAUUGAUAGAUGUACUUGAAGAUUGUGUUCUUGACCAACUGGUAUAAUGGUACUUAAUUUUAUAAAAUAGUUCAAACAACAUUCUAUAUCCAAGACACUGUUGACCAGAGUCAGUAGUAUACAUGUUGAUAUGUUAUUGACAGAUUUAGCACAAUGACUUUAGUUAGGUCUUUUGCAACUAGAUCUGACCAUUACCAUGUAAUGUUCAGGGUGUGCCGCAUUGUACGGCACAGGUAGCUGUAUGGGAUCAUUUAUCUAGUAUGUUUUUGAAGGAUUUUAUACUACAUGUACUCAAGUGUGUUUGAUAUAAAAAGGUGCCUCUCUUCUCAUUCAAUGAUGUAUGCCAGUAAGGCUCUCAAAAAUAAACUCUUAUGUUCAUUAUAACCACUCAUUAUUCCUCUUG